AUGGCCGCCCCCGCCUACGCCUCCGAGCUCCAGAUUGCGCAGCUGGCCGUCCAGCGCGCCUCCAUCCUGACCAAGCGCGUCUUCCACGAGAAGGCCAAGGGCACCGUCGACAAGAACGACAAGAGCCCCGUCACCAUCGGCGACUUUGGCGCCCAGGCUCUCAUCAUCGCCGCCCUCCAGCGCCACUUCCCCGAGGACGCCAUUGUCGCCGAGGAGGAGGCCGCCCAGCUGCGCGACGACGACAACCUGAAGCAGACCAUCUGGGACCUCGUCAGCUCCACCAAGCUCGACGACCCCGCCGCUGAAGAGCUUCUCGGCGGGCCCAUCAAGGACGUCGACUCCAUGCUGGAGCUCAUCGACCGCGGCAACAGCCUCGGCGGCUCCUCUGGCCGCAUCUGGACCAUCGACCCCAUUGACGGCACCAAGGGCUUCCUGCGUGGCGGCCAGUACGCCGUCUGCCUGGGCCUCAUGGUCGACGCCGAUGUCAAAGUCGGCGUUCUGGGCUGCCCCAACCUGCCCAUUGACGAUGCCGCCCGCCUCACUACCGACAUUGGCUCCAACGCGACUGACGAGGGCCGUGGUGUUCUCUUCUCCGCCGUCCAGGGCCACGGAGCCACCAGCCGUGCCCUGACUGCCGGUGCUCUCGCCGCUGAGAAGCCCAUCGCCAUGCGCGCCAUUGACGACCUCUCCAAAGCCACCUUCUGCGAGAGCGUUGAGGCCGGCCAUUCCGCCCACGACGACCAGGCCCUCAUCUCCAAGAAGCUCGGCAUCACUGAGCCUAGCGUCCGCAUGGACAGCCAGGCCAAGUACGGUUCUAUCGCCCGCGGCGCUGGCGACAUCUACCUCCGCCUGCCCGUCAAGGCUACCUACCAGGAGAAGAUCUGGGACCACGCCGCUGGUGACCUCAUCGUCCGCGAGGCUGGUGGCCAGGUCACCGACAUUCACGGCAAACGCCUUGACUUUGGAGUUGGCCGAACACUCGCCAACAACAAAGGUGUCAUUGCCGCGCCUGCUGCCGUCCACGACAAGGUCCUGCAGGCCGUGCAAGAGGUUCUUAGUGCCAAGCAGGCAUGA